AUCACAUACAGUACGCUUCGGUCGAGGAGAAAGCUACAACAGCAUAAACCCGUUAAACUCCGGUAUUAUUCAGGUUCUACAGCAUAAACCGAUUAUACUUCGGUAUUAUUCAGGUUCCACAGCUUCAAGUACAUGCUAUUGCGUAACCGCCUAUGUCACGGUUUAUUUUUGUCGAUUACUACAAUGGUGUGAAAGUGAUACGCAGUUUAUAUCAGUCAUUCGCUUAUAUACGAGCUUGCGGCAAAGAGAACCAUCUUUUGAUCGCUUUCAAGAGAUCGUGCACUCCGUUACUCAGUGUAAAAUUGUUUUGUCUACUCCGCCACCGCGCUUUUCAAGUACGCUAGGAGCUCUACCAAAGAUCUUUUUCUCUUGACCACAGAAUUGGAACAGAUCUGAACGGUUUUAGCUUCAUAUUUGCGAUUUACGAUGUUUCCUCCCUUGCAUGGACUGUGUGGUAUACCAUGCAUCAUCGUGAUUUCUGUUCUCUGGAUGUCUGUCUCCGCCUCUCCAACAUGCCCAGGUAACAAUAUAACCAUCUGGGAUACAGUGACGCGGAGCGUUCAGUGCCAGGACUGCCUCGUAUGUCCAGCGGGGCAGGGUCUCUCUGUGAACUGUGGUGAUGUAAUUACACCACAGACGCCCAUACUUUGUGAGCCGUGCGAACAAGGAAUAACUUAUUCAUCCAAAAGCGAGGCUGGGGCGUGCAAGAGUUGUAUGAACUGUGGAGAAUAUCAAGAGACCAUAAAAUCUUGCACACUCACUUCUAAAGCAGUGUGUGGGAAGAACUGUAAGCUUGGAGCUUACCCAGAAGGUAUGCUCGGCACGUGUAGACCAUGUUCAGCUUGUUGUAACGACGGAAACGAUAUCUUCGAGCCACAAUGCCAAGUGCCAGGGGUGCCCAAAAACAAGCAGUGCAGUGAGCUUAGAUCAGAGAAGUGCAGAAAAAAGGUAGCUUCUACGAGAGUCAACGCAACCGCAGAGGGAAGUCACUCUGUGCCAUCACUGUCAACCCACCCGGGAUUACGAGUGUCCCCCCCGGUCACCGAGCGCCCUGCGCAGGAUUCAGCCCCCACGAACGAUGUUUCUCCAUCAUUUGGCGCGAUAGUUGGUGUUCCAGUUGGUGUUAUAGCGGUGAUCGUGAUACCGACAGUGGUAAUCUGUAUGGUAAAAAUAAGGCGCAAAAGGCAACCGUGUAAAAAAGGUACACGAGGGGUACAGGAAACACAACCACCGGGUACACAUGGCAGUACAAGUGAAGUCUUAUAUUUAUAAAUAAGGUCACUACAUUUAUGGAGCCUGAAUUAAUAAAGAGAGAUAGAAGAGAAAUGAUCAUUUCAAAAUGUGUGUAAUAACUAGGAUUGCGUAAUAGCUUGGAUUGUAAUGGUCUUUGAUGGUCGUGUGAUGUAUGUAAAUCCAAACACGAGAUCAGUCACAAACCUCUAGUUCUUUGUCGUUCUUUAUUAUCCUCGAUCGGCCCAUUCAGCGCUUCACAAUCGGAAUACUCAGGCUAUCAUCUUACUCGACUCAAACAACUGUGCCACCGCAACAGUUAAGCUCGAAAAACUUUAAAUCAACUACACAAAAGGACGAGAAAACGAAAGGCAAAGCAAAGCAAAGCUUAAAAUUUCGUGACUGACUGCGAAAACUAAAAAAACCACGUGACCAAAGAAAACAAUGAAACACAUUAAAAUAAUUACUAUUGGCAGGAAAAGACACGACAGCUCCAUCACAAAAUAUAUUACAUUCGAAUCACAAAUGGGUUCUAUUCUGGUUUUUCUGUUUCAGGCUACAACCCCCAGGAUUCCUUUCAAGGAUCAAACCUGUCACCUGUUGUCAAAUCAGGCUAAUGAAUCAACAUCAUUAUAUAAACCAUUCUAAAGGCUUCUUUUCACGUACGACGGAGCCGAAGUCGUAAUCAGUAGCGCAGAGCGAUACGAUCAAAUGAAAAUCAAUGAACGAAAACGGAAGAAAUUUAUUGUCGCCUAGGAUCCAGUGUAAACUAAAUUGUCGGCAUCAUAAGCGAAAGACUA